UUUUUAACCCACUUUUCUUAACGAAGUCGGCAAUCUCUCCCUAUAAAUUAAUCAACAAAUUCCCCCAAGUUUCUCAUCAAAAUUGAGAAUUUUCAAUCGUCUUCUCUUUUAGUCCUCUCGAUCCCAAAGCAAGCUCUCGAUUCCGAUUCUCUCCCAGAAGAUGCAGAUCUUUGUGAAAACCCUUACUGGUAAAACCAUCACCCUUGAGGUGGAAAGCUCCGAUACUAUUGAUAAUGUCAAGGCCAAAAUCCAAGACAAAGAAGGCAUUCCUCCAGACCAACAGAGGCUUAUUUUUGCCGGAAAACAACUCGAGGAUGGCCGAACUCUUGCCGACUACAACAUCCAAAAGGAGUCCACCCUCCACCUAGUCCUUCGUCUAAGGGGUGGCAUGCAGAUAUUUGUGAAAACCCUUACGGGCAAGACCAUCACCCUCGAGGUGGAAAGUUCUGAUACGAUUGAUAAUGUCAAGGCCAAGAUCCAAGACAAGGAAGGGAUCCCUCCAGACCAACAGAGGCUUAUCUUUGCAGGUAAACAACUUGAAGAUGGCCGAACCCUCGCUGAUUACAACAUCCAGAAAGAGUCUACCCUCCACCUUGUCCUUCGUCUUCGGGGUGGGAUGCAGAUAUUUGUAAAAACCCUCACCGGAAAAACCAUCACUUUGGAGGUGGAGAGUUCUGAUACCAUUGAUAAUGUUAAGGCGAAGAUUCAGGACAAGGAGGGUAUUCCACCAGAUCAGCAGAGGUUGAUUUUUGCCGGAAAGCAGCUCGAGGAUGGGAGGACGCUUGCGGAUUAUAACAUCCAAAAGGAGUCAACCCUGCACUUGGUGCUGCGACUGCGUGGUGGAAUGCAGAUUUUUGUGAAAACUUUGACUGGAAAAACUAUUACAUUGGAGGUGGAGAGCUCAGACACAAUUGAUAACGUGAAGACCAAGAUCCAAGACAAGGAGGGUAUCCCACCUGACCAGCAGAGGUUGAUUUUUGCUGGAAAGCAACUCGAGGAUGGGAGGACUCUUGCGGAUUAUAACAUCCAAAAGGAGUCAACCCUGCACUUGGUUCUGCGCCUUCGAGGAGGGAUGCAGAUAUUCGUUAAGACCCUGACUGGUAAAACCGUAACACUGGAGGUCGAGAGCUCGGACACCAUUGACAAUGUUAAAGCGAAGAUUCAGGACAAGGAGGGAAUUCCUCCAGACCAGCAGAGGUUGAUUUUUGCCGGAAAGCAGCUUGAGGAUGGGAGGACGCUUGCGGACUAUAACAUCCAAAAGGAAUCCACCCUGCAUUUGGUUUUGCGCCUUAGAGGAGGAAUGCAGAUAUUCGUGAAGACCUUGACUGGGAAAACCAUCACCCUGGAGGUAGAAAGUUCUGAUACUAUCGAUAAUGUCAAGGCUAAAAUCCAAGACAAAGAAGGGAUCCCUCCUGACCAACAAAGGCUUAUCUUUGCCGGAAAACAACUCGAGGAUGGCCGAACUCUUGCCGACUACAAUAUCCAAAAGGAGUCCACCCUCCACCUAGUGCUUCGUCUAAGGGGUGGCAUGCAGAUAUUCGUGAAAACUCUUACUGGCAAGACCAUCACCCUCGAGGUGGAAAGUUCUGAUACAAUUGAUAAUGUCAAGGCCAAGAUCCAAGACAAGGAAGGGAUCCCACCAGACCAACAGAGGCUUAUCUUUGCCGGUAAACAGCUUGAAGAUGGCCGAACUCUUGCGGAUUACAACAUCCAGAAAGAGUCUACCCUCCACCUUGUCCUUCGUCUUAGGGGUGGGAUGCAGAUUUUUGUAAAAACCCUCACUGGAAAAACUAUUACGUUGGAGGUGGAGAGUUCUGAUACGAUUGAUAAUGUUAAGGCCAAGAUUCAGGAUAAGGAAGGGAUCCCACCGGACCAGCAGAGGUUGAUUUUUGCUGGAAAGCAGCUUGAAGAUGGCCGAACUCUUGCUGAUUAUAACAUUCAGAAGGAAUCGACCCUCCAUUUGGUGUUACGACUCCGUGGUGGCAUGCAAAUUUUUGUGAAGACUCUCACCGGAAAGACUAUUACUUUGGAAGUUGAGAGUUCUGACACCAUUGACAAUGUAAAAGCUAAGAUCCAGGACAAGGAAGGGAUUCCACCAGAUCAGCAGAGGUUGAUUUUUGCUGGCAAACAGCUCGAAGAUGGUAGGACACUUGCAGAUUACAACAUCCAGAAAGAGUCUACCCUUCACUUGGUGCUCCGACUGCGUGGUGGAAUGCAGAUUUUUGUGAAAACUUUGACUGGAAAAACUAUCACAUUGGAGGUGGAGAGCUCAGACACAAUUGAUAAUGUGAAGGCCAAGAUCCAAGAUAAGGAGGGUAUCCCACCUGACCAGCAGAGGUUGAUUUUUGCUGGAAAGCAGCUCGAGGAUGGGAGGACCCUUGCGGAUUAUAACAUCCAAAAGGAAUCGACCCUGCAUUUGGUUUUGCGACUUCGAGGAGGGAUGCAGAUAUUCGUGAAGACCUUGACCGGUAAAACCAUCACCCUGGAGGUAGAAAGUUCUGAUACUAUCGAUAAUGUCAAGGCUAAAAUCCAAGACAAAGAAGGGAUUCCUCCUGACCAACAAAGGCUUAUCUUUGCCGGAAAACAACUUGAGGAUGGCCGAACUCUUGCCGACUACAAUAUCCAAAAGGAGUCCACCCUCCACCUAGUGCUUCGUCUAAGGGGUGGCAUGCAGAUAUUCGUGAAAACUCUUACUGGCAAGACCAUCACCCUCGAGGUGGAAAGUUCUGAUACAAUUGAUAAUGUCAAGGCCAAGAUCCAAGACAAGGAAGGGAUCCCACCAGACCAACAGAGGCUUAUCUUUGCCGGUAAACAGCUUGAAGAUGGCCGAACUCUUGCGGAUUACAACAUCCAGAAAGAGUCUACCCUCCACCUUGUCCUUCGUCUUAGGGGUGGGAUGCAGAUCUUUGUAAAAACCCUUACUGGUAAGACCAUCACCCUUGAGGUGGAGAGCUCCGAUACUAUCGAUAAUGUCAAGGCCAAGAUCCAAGACAAGGAAGGGAUUCCACCAGAUCAGCAGAGGUUGAUUUUUGCCGGAAAACAACUCGAAGAUGGUAGGACACUUGCAGAUUACAACAUCCAGAAAGAGUCUACCCUCCACCUUGUCCUUCGUCUUAGGGGUGGGAUGCAGAUUUUUGUAAAAACCCUCACCGGAAAAACUAUUACGUUGGAGGUGGAGAGUUCUGAUACGAUUGAUAAUGUUAAGGCCAAGAUUCAGGAUAAGGAAGGGAUCCCACUGGACCAGCAGAGGUUGAUUUUUGCUGGAAAGCAGCUUGAAGAUGGCCGAACUCUUGCGGACUAUAACAUUCAGAAGGAAUCGACCCUCCAUUUGGUGUUACGUCUCCGUGGUGGCAUGCAAAUUUUUGUGAAGACUCUCACCGGAAAGACUAUUACUUUGGAAGUUGAGAGUUCUGACACCAUUGACAAUGUAAAAGCUAAGAUCCAGGACAAGGAAGGGAUUCCACCAGAUCAGCAGAGGUUGAUUUUUGCUGGCAAACAGCUCGAAGAUGGUAGGACACUUGCAGAUUAUAAUAUCCAGAAAGAGUCUACCCUUCACUUGGUGCUCCGACUGCGUGGUGGAAUGCAGAUUUUUGUGAAAACUUUGACUGGAAAAACUAUCACAUUGGAGGUGGAGAGCUCAGACACAAUUGAUAAUGUGAAGGCCAAGAUCCAAGAUAAGGAGGGUAUCCCACCUGACCAGCAGAGGUUGAUUUUUGCUGGAAAGCAGCUCGAGGAUGGGAGGACCCUUGCGGAUUAUAACAUCCAAAAGGAAUCGACCCUGCAUUUGGUUUUGCGACUUCGAGGAGGGAUGCAGAUAUUCGUGAAGACCUUGACCGGUAAAACCAUCACCCUGGAGGUCGAGAGCUCGGACACCAUUGACAAUGUGAAAGCGAAAAUUCAGGACAAGGAGGGGAUUCCUCCAGACCAGCAGAGGUUGAUUUUUGCUGGAAAGCAGCUCGAGGAUGGGAGGACCCUUGCGGAUUAUAACAUCCAAAAGGAAUCGACCCUGCAUUUGGUUUUGCGACUUCGAGGAGGGAUGCAGAUAUUCGUGAAGACCUUGACCGGGAAAACAAUCACCCUGGAGGUGGAGAGCUCAGACACGAUCGACAAUGUGAAAGCGAAAAUUCAGGACAAGGAGGGGAUUCCACCAGACCAGCAGAGGUUGAUAUUUGCUGGUAAGCAGUUAGAGGAUGGUCGAACUCUAGCUGACUACAAUAUCCAGAAGGAGUCCACACUGCAUCUUGUCCUUCGCCUCCGUGGUGGUUUCUAAUUGGGUUUCUAUUUUAGUUGAUUUCGCAAUUUUCUUUUCUAUGAACUGCUUGUGUUUUAAAGUGGGUUUGUGGUUGUUCAAGGGAACUAUGCUUUGCGGUGCUGAAAUGGUCAGUGAACCACAUGUUUAAUUACUAUAUGAAUAAAGUUUUAUGUUUAUAAUUAA